CGCAUGCCGCCGCUGAGAGCAGUUCCGACGCCGCCUCGGGGCCCCCCGCGGGCGGUGAGUCGCCGCUGGCGGGCGUGGCGGCGGCGAGCCCUGCCGCGGCUGGGGGGAAACUGAGUGGCGGCGGGGCCCAGCCGGCUGUAACGGGGCUCCGGCUCCAGGGCCGGGCAGGGCAGAGCGGGCUGAUGCGGACGGAUCAGCCCCGAGCAGGGAAACCUCCCGACAGGGCUGGCGGCGGCCGGCAGCGGUCUGAAAAUAAAAUUUGAGGAGAGAAUCAUGGCUUCUGCUAAGCAGCUUGGAUCCGGUCUACCAGUCAUGAAACGAAUUCUUCUGUGUUUUAUCCUGGCUGCUGCUGUUAUGUAUGGUAUACUGCAUGGAAAUCUGUGGAGAAACAACCUCUACUGGAUUAGCUUUUAUGGACAGACUUCCUCUGUGAGGGCUUCUCCUUCCUAUGAGACUAGUGGAGUUACCCAGUUGCCACCCACAGCAGUGGAGAGAAGGAAUGCGCUGGAUACUUGUCUUCUGAAACCAGCAUUUGAAUCUUUACUAGGUGCUGACAAAAUAUACCCAUUCCUGUGUGCUAAUGAUUUCAUCAGAGUGGCAGAGUUCCAUGGGAGUGACAAGUUUGAACUACCUUAUGGAAUAAAGAGAGCAGAGCAAUUUUUUCGUUUAGCCCUUUCAAGGCUGCAGAACUGUGGACUCUCCAAUCAAGAUGAUAGCGUUGCCUGCCGACGAUGUGUUGUGGUUGGUAAUGGAGGAGUUCUUCGAAAUAAGACCUUAGGGGAGAAAAUUGACUCCUAUGACGUGAUAAUAAGAAUGAAUAAUGGCCCUGUUAUAGGCUAUGAAGAGGAUGUUGGGAGGAGGACCACUUUCCGUCUUUCUUACCCGGAAUCCAUCUUCUCGGAUCCCAUCCACUAUGACCCUAACACAACUGUUGUUGUUAUUGUCUUCAAGCCACGUGACUUGAAGUGGCUUUGGGAGAUACUAAGUGGUCAGAAAAUAAGUGCUAAAGGCUUUUGGAAGAAACCAGCUCUGAACAUGAUAUACAAAUCCAGUCAAAUCAGGAUUCUUGAUCCCAGCAUCACCAGAAAGACUGCUUAUGAAUGGCUUCAUUUCCCAACAAGAUUUCCCAAGAAGGAGAAACCCAAGCAUCCAACCACAGGGCUCAUUGCCAUCACACUAGCGUUUCACAUGUGCCAUGAAGUUCACCUGGCAGGCUUCAAGUAUGACUUCAGUGACAGAAACAGCUCUUUGCACUACUAUGGCAAUGAAACGAUGUCUCAGAUGAUGCAGAAUGAAUACCACAACAUCAAUGCUGAGCAGAAAUUUUUGAAGAAGCUUAUAGACAAGAACUUUGUGGUCAAUUUGACAUGAAGGCUGAGUGGGAAACACAAAGACCAAUCACUAUUUUCAAGAUCUGAACAUUUUUAAUGUUUUUGUAUUGACUUUUUUUUAAAGUGCAACAUAACUGUUUACUGUUGAAAAGGAGCACAGAAACCUCACCAAGGCAGAAGUGUCUUCUGAGCCUGAGGGUAAUGGACUAUCGCAAACAGCGAACUGAAUUUCUGUGAAGCUAUUUAAUAAUGGGAAAACCAUGAAACUUUCAGCUGAAAGUAUCAGGGAUGUAUAAAAAUGUGAUGCACAUCACUUAUUUAUCAGCAAGAACUCUUUCCAAAUGAUUACUUCUCUGGAAUGCUUUUGUUUUUGACAGAAGAGCAAAAGACUUACACAGUCAAGAGACUGAGAUGACCAGUGUUUAAUUUAGUAGAUGGAUAUAAAGUCUGGAGUGUCUGUCUUGUAGUAUGAAAAUGGCUUUAAAACAAUACCUAUAUAUCAUUACUGUGUGUUUGGGAGAAGGGGGAAAAUACAGAGAGUGCAGGCUUGGUCUGCCCUGCCUCAGAGGAGCACACGUCCAUCUUAGGAAAGAAGCUGCAACUUCUGCACUGACCAUCUACUCUGAACUGCUGCCUGCCUUUGCCAAAGGUGAAGAGCCUUUGGUCUGAUUUGUGAAGAUGUUGGUAUUGACAUGGUUUGCAUUGUGCCCAGGUUAUGGAAAUCCAUACUCCCUGUGCUGUUGGCCCAAUGCAUUGUACA